CUUCGCUCUGGAAUUAAAUUUUAUACAGGCUCUGUGCGAAAUCCCCCGAGACCUCCCCACAAUUUACACGGACAUCCGUUCAGAAAGUCAAAAUGUCCAAGGUCUUCGAUGCCGAGGAGGUCAAGAAGCACGCCAGCGAAAAGUCAGCAUGGGUCGUCGUUGACGGUCAAGUCUACGAUGUCACUGACUUCCUCGAUGACCACCCGGGUGGCAAGAAGAUUCUUCUGCGAAAUUGUGGCAAGGAUGCCACUGACGCAUUCUGGUCCUACCACUCGGAGAAGGUCAUGGAGAAGCAAGGCAAGCCGCUCAAGAUUGGCCAAGUCAAGGAGGGCUCAAAGCUCUAAUUAAGCAGACAGCCAUUACAUGAGAGGUUCGUGUGUGGCCGACGAUGUCUGCUUGCUUGCAAUCCACGUACGACGUUUAUCAGCAUUACACUCGCCGCUCCCUGCGACUCUUUCUGAUGUCAAGCAACAUUUGGCGAAGGUAUGACCGCUUCUGUUGGCUUUAUCUGAG